AUGGACACACACGGAAUAACCGACACGGUGGACGAGCUGACCCGUCAGAACCUCGAAUCGGACGAGUGCCAGCCUCUUCUUCCUCCCGAAGAAACCUGCGAUGAAGAGAGCGACUGUCCGGACUCUAUUCUCAAGCCCAAGUACGCCAAAAUGCCCUACGCAAAGCGACCUAGCCCAACGGUGCUCAUCGUCGCCUUUGCCAUUUACGCUACUGCCAUCAUUGCCUGGAGUUUGAUGAGUAUCAAUGUGCUGAUCAACCUUGUAUGUCAGCGAGAAUACGGCAGCGAGAGCAGCAACAGCGGCACCGCCGGCAGUCUGAUCUCCAUUCUGGCCGCUCCCAUUGUCGAGAACCCGGCUCUAUGCCAAACCCCACUAGUGCAGAAGAAAACUGCCCGGUUCCAAAUCGUCAUGGAGACUGUGCAGAGUCUUGUUGCCAUGAUCACCGUCACACGACUGGGCGAGCUGUCCGACCGAAUUGGCCGAAAGCCGCUACUUUUGUGGUGUGGAGUGUGCACCGUUUUGAACGCUCUCAUCUGGCUCCCCUGUGUGCUGUUUGGAUGGCAUUACUACACUCUGGUUGCUGGCUCCUUCUUCACGGGUCUAUCUGGCUCAGUGCCCAUGCUCAUGGCCAUGAACCACUCCUAUGCUACAGAUGUGGUUCGCUCCAAGCACCGAGCAAAGGUGUUUGGAUACAUGCACGGAGCCAUCUUUGCCGGAGCAGCUCUCGGUCCGUUCGCGGUAGGCCGAAUCACCCGAAGCUGGGGAAUUGUCGCCGCCAUGGGCUUCUCGCUGUCGCUACAGAUGGUCUUCUUGGGUAUCAUCUUCUUCCUUGUUCCCGAGUCACGUUCUAAACUCAAGCGAAAGUACUCCACUCACUUCAAACGAGUCAACAGUAGAAGUCGACUGGCAGGAUCCAGUGGACGAAACAACUCGGGAGUGUUUGCUGACGAUACUUCUGGAGUACGAGAUCCCAACAAGAACAAGGUGCGUAUCUCCAUUGUCGAGGAGGCCUCUCAAUCUGCUCCUGAUCUGAGAACUCCUGACUUCAGCGGUAAUCAUAGCAGCGGUAACAGCGACAGUGACUCUGGCAAGAAGGGCAGGGUUUCCAAGUCUGUGGCUGCUGUCAAAGAGCACUUCGAGUCUCUGUCCAUUCUAUCCUUCUCCAACCGGUCUCGAUCUACUCGAAUCAACGCCUGGAUCAUUCUGUCCAUUGACGCGUUCAUGUACUGCUCGCAGGUUGGAGUGGUGGGUCUGCUAGUGCUCUAUUCUGGCUUCCGAUUCAAAUGGGGAACCGAGCAGACUGGAAACAUGAUCAGUCUCAUGGGUCUUUCCAAGGUCCUGGCUGUCAUGCUGUUCAUGCCCGUGGUGAUGGGCAUUCUGAACCGAGUGUUUGUAACCCGUCUGAACCAUAUUGACAUGACCGACCUGUUUGUCAUUCGUCUGGGUAUGAUUGUGAACUGUAUGGGUUGGUUUGGAGUGGCCACGGCCACGUCAGGCACGCUCUUUUUGAUCGCUGUGGCCUCCAUGUCUCUUUCUUCCACUGCCUCCCCCACUCUACAGAGUGCUCUGGUGAAGUAUAUUGACAGAAAGGACACAGGCCGGCUUCUGGGAGCGCUGGCACUACUGCAUCACAUUUGCUCGCUGCUGGCACCCAUUGUGUUCACCAGUAUCUACACUCUCACGGUUGACACGCGCCCCGAGCUUUGCUUCUACAUUGUCAGUGGCAUUUUCGCCUCCAUGUUCGUUGCCACCUUGUUCAUUAGUCAUCCCAGCGAUGAUGAGUAG